CAAACGACACGCGUGGCUGUCAACCACUGGCCGGCGUGGGCAACACAUCUUCGAGCCGAUAAUCUGAAAAGCGGUAGUAGGGAUUAAAAUUUCCAAGCCGGACCAGCCAAAAUUCAAUCACAGAGAUGAGUGUAGCAGUUGAACUGGUUGUUUUGGUACUUUUCUGCUUUCUGAAUGUACUGGGACAUGUUGAAGGAGGGGAGAUUAAGAAUCUGAAAUGUCAAGUGUGCAGAGCUGUUGUAGAUGAGACUAUGUUUAGGAUCAGUAUAGUUGAUCCAAAGAGAAUGAUUGAAGUGGGAAGUUUUCGUGUGGACAGUCACGGGAAUCAAGCCAGAUAUGAGGUGCCUUAUGCUGGGUCAGAGACUCACUUGACUGAACUGUUUGAGGAAGAGCUGUGUACUCACAUGCACAACUAUGGGGAGAUAACUGACCAAGAAGGCAGGACCAGCAUUGUGCGCAUGUCUUCUAAAGAAGAGAAGCCUGUAAAACUGACAGGUGUAAAGAUAGACGCAGACAGACAGAAGAAGUACCUGGCUGCUUGUGAGGAACUUUUAGAAGACCAUGAUGAAGAAAUGAUGGUUGUUUUUAAGAAGACAGACGUUCCUCAGUUUGUUGCUGAGCAGAAAGUUUGUGUGGAUAUUUCAGGAUUUUGCACCCCGGAGGAUUUGGUCCUUCCUAUGCCCAGUCCGACCCUAGAGGAACAAGAAGCUGAUGUUAUAGAAGACCUGGAGAAAAGACUAGCAGAAACAGCCCCCAAAACACCUGAGCCAGUUAGAGAAGAAGAUGAUGAGGGACAGACAGAUGGACAGACAGACACUCCAAUAGAGGCAGAGAAAACAGAAUUAUGAUGGCGGUCUGUAGGAAUUAUAUUUAUUAAACAUGUUGAAGUGCUCAUUGUCUCAUCUUGUAUAGUAUAAUACUGUACAAACAUUGCCAGGGUUAACCAGGUUUUUAUUUUGCUACCAGAUUUUAUUUCAGUGUAACCAUAAAAAGACAAAUGACUUAAUACUUAAUGACACAUGUUACAUGCGACUUAUUGACUCAAAUGUGACAUCUGACUUACGAAUUGACACAAGUGUGACGUGUGACUUACUAAGUUACACAAAUAUUACAUAUAUUAAUUUACUGAUUGAUAAAAAUGUUACAUGUACAUGUAGCUUUGUACUGGGUGACAUAAAUGUUACAUAUGACAUACUCACUGAUACAAAUGUUAUGAGGGGCUCUACAUUCUAUGACACAAAUGCCACAUGUGGCUUUAUUAAGUGACACAAAUGUUAGAAGGCUAGAUUUGUGUCAUUCAAGUGCUAUGGAUUACUUACCGAUUGACACAGAUGUUAAAUGUGGCUUAUCAAAAUGUGCACAUGAUUAUUUGCAAAAUUGAACGAGUGAGUUCAGCAAAGCAUUGCGCUCUCAGUCCUAUGUGAAUGUAAUGUGAAAGGCCUGGUUUUCUUUAGUUUCAUCAACUUCACACUUAUAUGGUAUUAAUUGAAUAAUUUUUUUUACAUAUGAACACUGCACAAAUAUAACAUUAUGUUUUGAAUAUGUCCAAGUCUGAAAACAUUUUUGGUUGAGAUUUGAUUAUUUGUAUCUCAUGAUGCUCUGGAAAUAACAGCCUGAGUAUAAUCCAUGUAUUGAGCCAGUUAAAUGAAAAUAAAGUGCCUUUUGCCGUUAUAGGCAGUUCGGUUUUAUCUGCAUCUUCCAGUGACUGAACAUGUGGUAUAUUAGUUACUGUACAUGCAGGCAAUUGUACACUCACAGGUGGCUUUAACAGAUGCGUUCUUGGUAAGUCCCAAUGGAAAAGUGAAUCAUUUUGUAAAACACACAUACCUUGGCAGAGCAAAAAGACAAAACGUUUGUGUGACACUGUUUUUUAUGUGUUUCUACAUUAGAAGUGGGGUAACUAUUGGUGAAGGUGUUCAGGCUAUGUGAGAAUCUGGUACAGAACCAUCUUAAUACAGUGAGUUUUGCAUUAACAUCAUGCUUAAUGUGGAUCAAGCUAUUUUCACGGUGUAAGCUCAUCACACCUCGUAAGGAAUUUCACUACUUUGAGUGUACAUAUCUGCACCCACACUAUUCUUUAUCUUGGUGUUCAUUUCUUCGCUUGUUUCGUCUUUAUUUUCUUACACUUUCCAGAUUUUAUGAAUAAAAUUGCAU